AUGCGUGAGUCUGUUCACGUACUUUGCAGUUUCAUCUGACCAUCAUAGAUCAUAUGAGAAAGUGGAGAGCGAUCUCAGGUCUCUGCUUUCUCGACUGCAUGUCCUCGUUAUGGGACCAGGACUAGGCCGCGAGGAUUACAUGCAGUCUUAUGCUCGCCUGGCGCUGUCUAUCGCUCGUGAACAGGCUAUGUUUGUCGUCCUCGAUGCUGAUGCUCUGUAUAUGGUUGGGAAGGAACUUCCUCUCGUCAAGGGAUACUGCCGUGCGGUGCUCACUCCUAAUGUGGUCGAAUUCAAACGUCUAAGCGAGUCGGCAGGCGUUUCGCCAGAUGUACCGACGAAGGAACGCGCUGGAGAAGUUUCUAAACUACUUGGAGGUGUCGUAGUGCUGGAGAAAGGUCCGGUUGAUUUAAUCGCGAGAGAUACUACGGGUGAAGCUGCUAGUCAUGAGGCGAGUAAGCUGGACGAGGGCGAUGAGGAGCGGCAACGUGUGAGGGAAGUAGUUGAGGUAGAUGUAGAAGGCGGGUUGAAGCGGUGUGGUGGCCAGGGUGAUGUUCUCAGCGGAACGGUUGGGGCGAUGCUUGCGUGGGGGAAAUGCUACGAAGACGGUGCCUUCGGCGAUGGGAGUAUUCCUACUUCUCGUCUCCCGCUUCUGGCAGCGGUGGGUGGAAGUAUGGUCACCCGAACCAGCAGUCGAAUGGCGUUUCAGCUACAGGGAAGAGGUCUUGUCACGCAAGAUAUGCUUCCGCAGCUUGGUAAAUCUUUCUCGGAGGUCUUUGGAGAAGACCUGUGGGCUGGAGAUAAAGGCAGGCUUUAGGUUUAAAGACAAGGGAGGAUAGAAGACAUCUGCAUGUGCAAUAGAAGAAGUUCCGCUCUGCAUUCACCUGGUUCGGGAAGAGGAACAGUUGUGACGUGACUAAUGUGACAGAAAGAGGGGGGAUUAUGGACAAGUCUUCCCCAAGGUCGGGCGGGGCCUGCAGGGGCAGCCUCGGAGGGAAGGAGUUCAACUCUGAGGCACAAAAAGACAUGACUAAAUCAUGCAACAGACCCUGAAUGUAGAAAGGCAGUCAACACUCAUCUAUAAACUACAGUAGGGACAACAAUUGAAUAUUAACAUUUUUU